UUCCGUUGCUUCCUGCAUGUGCCGACAAUAUGGCAGCGCCCAUAGCUAUUCGCCUGGAGUUUGGAGGGGGAGCAGAGCUGCUUUUUGAUGGUGUGAAGGAACAUCAUGUGACUCUUCCAAGCCAAUCAGAACCUUGGAACGUGAAGCAGCUGCUGGUCUGGAUCCAACGGAACCUGCUGAAGGAACGACCCGAGCUCUUUGUUCAGGGAGACUCUGUGAGGCCUGGGAUUCUGGUGCUUAUCAAUGAUGCAGACUGGGAGCUAAUGGGGGAACUGGACUACCAACUAGAGGACCAAGACAGCAUUGUGUUUAUUUCAACUCUUCACGGAGGAUAAAAAAAUAUUAGGAAUACCAACGUCUCCUUGACAUUAUAGAACAAUUCAAGCCCCCGACCUACCCCCACCACCGGAUCCCAACAACAAGUCUCCUCAUUGGAUGCUGGAGAGGGUUGACCUGCAGCGUCAUCGCUGAUGAUGAUGUUGAGCAGGAUUGAGGGAACUUUAGAGAUGGUGAACUGUGUAGACAUUUUUUACUUAGAGUGGAUGGGAUUUCUGUUAUACGCCGUCUUCAAGUUGAAAAUCACAUUUGUGUCCCAGAAAAAGACUAGAAAACUCGUUAACUGUCUCAUGUAAUUGGCUUUUCUAAGCAGUGUAUAAACAUAUAUGAAUUAAUUUGUCAGAAGGUCAAACAGUUGAAAGAAAUUUAGAAAAUGAUUACAGAUUUGUUAUAAUCCUGCCAUUAAUUAUGUGUUUAUAUCCAUGAAUGCUUUACAAGUUUAAUUUAACUUACAAAUGUUAUGUCUUUCAACAUCUACCUAAAUAUGUAUUAUAAACUAUUAUCUUUAAUUGAAAGUGCAUAAUCUAUUUUUAUUAAAAGGUUAAUUAAAUGUU